AUAAACACACCUCUAUCCCUCAAGAAAUCACACCUCCAUCCCCCAGGAGAACACACCUACAUCCCCCAAAAGAACACACCUCCAUCCCCCAAGAGAACACACCUCCAUCCCUCAAGAGAACACACCUCCAUCCCCCAAGAGAACACACCUCCAUCCCCCAAGAGAACACACCUCCAUCCACCAGGAGAACAAACCUCCAUCCCCCAAAAGAACACACCUCCAUCCCUCAAGAAAACACACCUCCAUCCCCCAAAAGAACACACCUCCAUCCCUCAAGAGAACACACCUCCAACCCCCAAGAGAACACACCUCCGUCCCCCAGGAGAACACACCUCCAUCCCCCAAGAGAACACACUUCCAUCCCCCAGGAGAACAUACCUCCAUCCCCCAAGAUAACACACCUCCAUCCCCCAAGAGAACACAUCUCCGACCCCCAGGAGAACACACCUCCAUCCCCCAAAAGAACACACCUCCAUCCCUCAAGAGAACACACCUCCAUCCCCCAAAAGAACACAUCUCCAUCCCCCAAGAGAACAUACCUCCAUCCCCCAGGAGAACACAUCUCCAUCCCUCAAGAGAACACACCUCCAUCCCCCAAGAGAACACACCUCCAUCCCCCAAGAGAACACACUUCCAUCCCCCAAGAGAACACACCUCCAACCCCCAAAAGAAUACACCUCCAUCCCCCAAGAGAACACACCUCCAUCCCCCAAGAGAACACACCUCCGUCCCCCAGGAGAACACACCUCCAUCCCCCAAGAGAACACACCUCCAUCCUCCAGGAGAACACACCUCCAUCCCCCAGGAGAACACACCUCCAUCCCCCCAGUAGAACACACUUCCAUCCCUCAAGAGAACACACUUCCAUCCCUCAAGAGAACACACCUCCAUCCCCCAAGAGAACACACCUCCAUCACCCAGGAGAACACACUUCCAUCCCCCAAGAGAACACACCUCCAUCACUCUGGAGAACACACCUCCAUCCCCCAGGAGAACACACUUCCAUCCCCCAGGAGAACAUACCUCAAUCCCCCAAGAGAACACACCUCCAUCCCCCAGGAGAACACACCUCCAUCCCCCAGGAGAACACACCUCCAUCCCCCAAGAGAACACACCUCCAUCCCCCAGGAGAACAUACCUCAAUCCCCCAAGAGAACACACUUCCAUCCCCCAGGAGAACACACCUCAAUCCCCCAAGAGAACACACCUCCAUCCCCAGGAGAACACACCUCCAUCCCCCAAGAGAACACACCUCCAUCCCCCAAGAGAACACACCUCCAUCCCCCAAGAGAACACACCUCCAUCCCCCAAGAGAACACACCUCCAUCCCCCAAGAGAACACACCUCCAUCCCCCAGGAGAACACACCUCCAUUCCCCAAGAGAAUACACCUCCAUCCCCCAAGAGAACACACCUCCAUCCCCCAGGAGAACACACCUCCAUCCCCCAAGAGAACACACCUCCAUCCCCCAGGAGAACACACCUCCAUCCCUGAAGAGAACACACCUCCAUCCCCCAGGAUAA